AUGAAGAAAAAAGAUCCCAUAGCCCACUUAACAGCCGGUGCGAUAUCGGGCCUAACAUCAUGUGUCUUAUUGCAACCAUUCGACCUAGUGAAAACUCGCUUACAACAACAAAGACAACAACGCGUAAAAUCCGUAACACCAUUAAACAGUACUAUUAUGCAGACAGUUAAAAAUAUUGUUAAGAAUGAAAGUAUAAGUGGUUUAUGGAGAGGAACUAUUCCAACAAUAUUUAGAAAUGUUCCCGGUUCAGCAUUAUAUUUUUUCACAUUAUCCGAAAUCCGGCACCUCUUCUUUUUAAGACAAAACAUCACAUUACAAACUUCUUCGAAGUCUUCCUUACCAGUUUUAUCAAGUAGAGAUAAUUUGAUUGCUGGUAUGAUAGCUAGAGGGUCUGUUGGAAUUAUUAUGAUGCCUAUUACUGUUGUUAAAGUUAGGUACGAGAGUAACCUUUAUAAUUAUAAGAGUAUAUGGAGCGCUCUAACGUCUAUUAUACGACAUGAGGGAGUGAAAGGGUUAUUUUACGGAUACAGUGCUACUAUUAUUAGAGACGCGCCUUAUGCAGGAUUAUAUGUAUUGUUUUAUGAACGAUGGAAGUUAUUUAUAAGCAAUAAUACUUCUACAAUUGCUUCUCCCGUAAUAUACAUGACUUCUGCUAUGAUAGCAGGAUUCUUAGCAACUUCUAUUACACAUCCUUUUGAUCUACUUAAAACAAGAAUGCAGUUAAAACCUCAAAAUUAUCCAAAUAUUUGGAUUGGAGCAUUAAAAAUAUUAAAGGAUGGAGGAUUUAUCGGGUUUUUUGAUGGGUUAACGCUUAGGUUAGGUAGAAAAUCUGCACAAGCCGCUAUUAGUUGGACGAUGUAUGAAGCUUUAAUUACUUGGUUUCAACAAAAAAGAAAAUUUUAA